AUAGCUGGUGCCUUUUUAUGGGAAUUUAAAAUUCCAAAAAUAUGUUCAAUAAAAGGAUGUUUAGAGUUACGCAGAUGGAGCCACGUACCCACUUUUAUUAAUCCGAGCAAGUAGAUGGAUGACGUUACCCGGUGUGGGCCUUCUUGCAUAGGCUUGCGUCCAAGCAAGAGGAUAAUGCUAUUCCCAUCCGAUAUCUCCAUCGAUCUUGCAACCAUAAGUGAGAGAGAGAGAGAGAGAGAGAGAGCGGAGGAGGAGGAGGACCGAGGAAGAGAAUGGAUUCACACCAGGACAAGAAGAUGGAACUAAAAGACACCAAGCUCAUAUGCGUCAAGCUAUACAUCUCUGAGUCGCGCAACAACUCAGCCCUUGACAUGAUCGAGCAAGCCGCAAAGAUUGAUCCAGAGGCUGCGAUCGUGAACAAGUUCCAAGAUAGGAACUAUAACCGGGUUAGAUACACUCUCGUCUCCUACCUUGUUCAUAAUUCUGUCACUGGGAUCACCUACACUCCCGUGCGGCAAACAUUGUUGGCCAUGGUGGAGGCAGCAUACACCGCCAUCAACCUGGAAAUGCACUCCGGUGCGCACCCUCGGCUUGGCGUUGUGGACCACAUCUGCUUCCACCCCUUGGUUCGAUCCACAUUGGAAGAUGCAGCCAGGGUUGCUAAGUUGGUCGCCUCUGACAUCGGCAAUGGGCUCCAAGUUCCAGUAUUCCUUUAUGAAGCGGCCCAUCCACGUGGCAAGGCCCUUGACAGCAUCAGGAGGGAACUGGGCUAUUUCCGGCCCAACUUUAAGGGCAACCAAUGGGCCGGAUGGGCCCUGCCAGAGAUCCUGCCGGAUAAGCCCGAUGAGGGCCCGGUCCAUGUGACCCGGGCCAGAGGCGUCACACUAAUUGGUGCAAGCCCAUGGGUUGAGAAUUACAAUGUGCCAGUCCUGUCCACCGACGUGCCGACGGUCCGACGGAUCGCCCGGUUGGUGAGUGGCCGGGGAGGCGGCCUUCCGACGGUCCAAGCACUUGGGCUUGUACAUGGCGACGACCGCACCGAGAUCGCGUGCAUACUGCUGGAGCCGAACCGUGUUGGGGCGGACCAGGUCCAGAGCCAGGUGGAGCUGAUUGCGGCCCAAGAGGGCCAGGAGGUGGAGAAAGGCUACUUCACAGAUUUCUCACAAGAUAUGAUCACACAGAGAUACAUGAAACUAGUUUCUGCUGAUUGAAGGCAGUGUCAUGUGUUUCAUCCGAUCAAUGUGAAAUGACUAUGACUUGGACCUUUAAUUUCUUUAUUUUGUGCGCUUU